GCGACACAAUUAAAACAACUCAUUUACUACCAUUUGGACAAUGAGUCUCCCGAGAAUGCAAACUUUCUUGCCGAACGAUUGAAUUCUAUCGACCCUCGAAACCCAGACUCUUCGCAUCUCUUGGCCCUCACAAAUUAUCGUUUGCGACACUUCAAAACAGCCUACGACUGCAGUCAGAAGAGUGGCGCAAAUGGCAGACAUCUAGGCUGCGCUUAUGUUUUGGCCUUGGCCUGUCAAGAGCUUGGGAAAUACAAUGAGGGUAUUGCAGCUUUGGAAAAGGCUAGGAGCCUUUGGCAAGGUCGUAGCCAUUGGGAGUCUUCAACCAGGCAUACUCCAGACGCUGCAGCUGUCAACACUCUGCUUGGAAAGUUGUGGCGCGGCCAUGGCGAUUCCAGAAGAGCCGGUGACUGCUACAUCGAGGCGCACAAGAGCAAUCCAUUCACGUGGGAAGUGUUCCAAGGUCUUUGUGAUAUGGGUAAGACCCAGCAUUCGCAUAUCGCAUGUGGAAAUGCUGACUUUUCAANNGGUGCCGAGAUUGAUAUCGCAAGUUCUUUUAGAAUGACCGCUGAGCUUGCCUCUUCCAUCUCGAGUGCUUCCGCAUCGAUAUUGAAUCAAGAGACCGUUAAAGAUGAACCACCGCCCAUCCCGCCGGCUUCGAAUUCGAACGCCAUUAAUAACAUCCGUACUCUCACCCCAACCAACGACCCCUUCAACCCGGUGAAGAAUGGCGGAGACAUCGUCGCACAAGCCCAGAGUAACUUUCUGCUACCGCGGAUCAAGUCAAAAGGCAUCUUUGGCAACAAUGGGACCAAGCCUACCAGUCAGCCGUCGUGGGAGACUCCAACGGCCAAUGCCAUGUCUGGAGAUGAGGAUGUUGAGAUGGGAGGCUUACAACAGGAAGCGAUCAGCGCAGAAGAUCCACCAGCUGCCCCGACACGGAGAUCAAGGACUGCACUCCAGAGACUUGGACUGGAUGCCGGAAAAGACAGUCAAAAGGCACGCGCAACAGUCAGAGGUCAGACGAAGCCUAGCUCAGAAUCAGUGGAUACCGAUGAUGCGACAAAUGCCGCGCAGAGCAGGCGUUCGCAACACAAACGAACGAUAUCCGGACACAGCGCACAAAUUAUGGAUGCCGAAACAAUAACAUCUGCUCCAAGGAGGAGCAAUCGUUUGUUCAGUCAAAUCACAGGGUCAAAAACAACAAGUCGAGUGCCUGCCGAUAGCAAUUCCUUAACAGCAGCUAAGCGCGACGAGGUGAAAAAGGCCAAGGCUACAGGAACGAAAGGCAGAGGUCCUGCUCAAGUGGGUCGUGUUGUAAGUGGCAAUCGAAAAGUUAUGCCACCAAACCUAGCGGAAGCAAAAGACACUCGUGCACCCAGUCGCAAUAGCGCAGCUCCGCCUGUCCCAUUACAAAAGCAGGCUCUCGAAUCAACGGUGGCUAUCGAGAUGGCAUCGAUAGAGUCAUUGUUGGCUACCUUCAGGUCGUUAGGAGCGGCUUACUACCUUCUCAGUCGUUACCAAAUAUCGUCUGCGUUGGCAUUCCUGGCGCAUAACCUGAGAGAUUUAGCAUUCAACUCUCCACAAACUUGGUGCGCGGUUGGAAACGCCUUCUCUCUGAGCAGAGAACAUGAGCAAGCCAUCGCAUGCUUCAAGCGUGCGACACAAGUGGAUCCGGAGUUCAGCUAUGCUUGGACACUUAUGGGUCACGAGCUUCUGACCAACGAGGAGUUUGACGCGGCGCUUGCAUCCUUCCGCAAGGGUGUCGGAAGUGAGAGGCGCGGAUUCGGAGCGUGGUAUGGUUUGGGUAAGUGUUAUGAGAGAAUGGGCAAGUGGGAGGAGGCACAGCGGCACUACCGCAUUGCAUUCAGUAUCAAUCCCAGCAACCCUGUCCUAGCGGUCUGCAUAGGAGUGCUGACCGAGGNNAUGACAGAUCAUGGAGAAGCUUCACCAUCCCAAAGCAGCUUUGACACAAUACUCGCACGCGCUGAAUUUAGCGCCGAACUCGGCACUCGCACGAUUCAAAAGGCUCGGGUGUUGAUGAGUCUGAAGCUCUAUCCGGAUGCUCUUGUGGAGCUUGAAGUACUCAAGAACUUAGCACCAGAGGAAGCCAACGUCUUCUUCUUGCUCGGAAAGUGUUUCAAGGGGCUCGGAAGACGAGCAGACAGUGUGCGCACCUUCACUACUGCACUAAAUCUUGAUGCAAAGUACAUUAAGGAGGCCAUGGAAGCUCUUGACGACUCUGAUGAAGACGACAUGGAUGAUGAC